AUGGCGCUCCGUUUGCUCGGCGAAAAUCUCUCCGACAAAUACGUUCAUCGUAGCCUGCCAGAAAGCUUCGUAGACCUCACCGGUCGAGUUGUUAUCGUCACUGGCUCGAAUACCGGACUUGGACUCGAGGCAGUCAAGAUGUUCUACAAGAUGAACCCUGCAAGGCUCAUCAUGGCCGUACGAACAGUCAGCAAAGGAGAGUCUGCGAGACAACAGGUUCUGCAGCAGCAGACAAGAAUGAAGAGUGGGACGAGUGUCGAGGUCUGGCAGCUCGACAUGUCGAGUUUUGCGAGUGUCAAGCAGUUUGCACAGCGGUGCUACGAUGAGCUCGAGAGGAUCGACAUCUUCCUCGCUAACGCUGGUACCCAGUCUGACGAGUGGGGGGUUACGACCGAUGGAUGGGAGAAUACAUUGCAAAUCAAUGUCCUUUCUACCCAUUUAUUGACUCUCCUAGUGCAUGACAAGCUAGUCCAGACUGCCCGUCUUCCGCCUCCAAAAGUCGGGGUCAACUUCAAGCCGCACCUGGUCAUCGUCAGCAGUGGUGUUCACCUCGUCGCACCUUUCAAAGACAAGAACCAGGCAAACAUCUUUGCGGCCCUCAAUACCGAGUCUCGCUAUGUUCAAGGCGACCGUUACUUUGACAGCAAGCUCCUGGAGAUCCUCAUUACACGACAUAUCUCCAAAAUCCCAAAGUUCAGCCAAGAGGCGAGCGGUGUGGUAAUGUGUACCGUUAACCCAGGCUUCUGCCGCUCCGAGUUGAUGAGACGGAGUCCAUCGGCUGCUAUAGCGGUCGUUGGCACAUUACUUAUGCGCCCUGCACGAGAAGGCGCGAAAGCCAUCGUGUGGGCUUGUCUCGAUAACAACAUCACCCAGGGUGCAUAUACUUCGAAUUGUGCGAUUGACGCAGUCUCGAUACCGUAG